AACAAUAAAAUAAUAGAACAAAUAAAGUAGAAUAAAAUUUCGUGAAUAAGAAUAUAUAUGGCUAAUUCUCUGCAUAUGAUGGGUUCCCUGGUCUUAGGCAUAAGCUGUUUGAUCAUCAUCAAUGCCAUCGCCGCCGCUGGCGAACAACGCCGCCUCUUGCAGACUGAGACUGUUUACGACAUCACCAAAUACGGCGCCAAGGGCGAUGGCUCCACCGAUGAUGCAAUGUCGUUGAUUCAGGCAUGGAGGGCGGGAUGCGACGGCUCGGCACCGGCAAAGAUCGUUGUGCCGCCGGGCAAAUUCAUGAUGGGGGAGGUGGUCCUAACCGGGCCAUGCAAGGCGCCACCACCGGUGCUCAUCGACAUUCAGGGCACCAUCUUAGCCAAUCCCGACCCGAGCUCCUACUCCAACAUGAUGUGGAUCUUGAUCGAGCACGUCAACAACGUCAAGAUCAGCGGCGGAGGCACCCUCGACGCCCAAGGAACUAACGCAUGGAAGUACGCCAAGGAAGACCAGCACAUGCCCGUCAGCUUCACUUUCCAAUCGUCGCUAAACGGGGAUAUUAGCAACCUGAAAUUUCUCAACGCCAUGGGCUUCCACAGCAAGUUGAUCGACAGCGAGAACAUCAAGGUCACCAAAAUGACCAUCACCGCUCCCGAGGAAAGCCCCAACACCGACGGAAUCCACCUCAGCAACGCCACGAAUGUUGAGAUCACCGACACCGUCAUCGGGACCGGAGACGACUGCAUCUCCAUCGGCACCGGCAGCAAAAACAUCCUCGUCAAAAAUGUCAAAUGCGGCCCCGGACACGGACUCGCCGUCGGGAGCUUGGGGAAGCGGCCCGACGAGCUGAGCGUGGGGAACAUAACCUUCUCCGGCUGCACCGUCACCGGCACAACCAACGGCGCCCGAAUCAAGAGCUACCACAAGUCGCCGGUGUUGACCGCCACCAACAUCGUCUUCGAAGAUUUGACCAUGGAUAAUGUCAAGAACCCAAUCAUCAUCGAUCAACAUUACUUCUCCAAGACUACUCCCGAGCAAUCGAACGUCAAGAUUAGUGAUGUCCACUUCAGGAGAAUCAAGGGCACCACAAUCUCGGAGAUUCCGAUAAUGCUUAACUGCAGCCUAAAGGUCCCUUGCGAAAACAUCGAAUUGGCCGACAUUGAUUUGAAGCCUGUGGGCCCCGCCAAGUCCGUUGCAUCUGCAUGUCAAGCCGCCGUCGGCAUUAAAGUUUCCGGUACCGUCAACCCUCCCCCUCCCAAAUGUUGAGAUUUUUUUAUUUAUUGUAAUUUAUUUCUUUUAUUUUUUCUUGAGAAGUGAUGAUGGUGCACAAGUAAGUAGCACCGUGGGCUCUGGUUUGCUAUUGACAGUUUUAUCAUUGUAUUAUUUAAGUGUAUAUUUGCGAUGCUAUACGUACAUGAUAUUAUUAUUGUACAUAUAGCGGCGCGCGGAUGGAGUAAUUGCAUGUAGUAGAGAAAUUGUGCAAUUCUUAUGAAUAAAUCCAAAGUUUUUGCUUAUAA